AUGAAUACUGACGAGAUUCCGCCUGAGACGUCUCCCGUCUUUGAGGAGCUAGCAAUCAUCCUCCAGGGCAUCGACGAGUGCCCAAACCCGAGCGACUGGGAUCUCAGGCGGUGUCCAGCCUUGACAAAAAGGAAGACCCGCUGCAAGAACAAGCUCAAUGACCAGGAUGCAGAGAAGGCGCAACAACUCCGGCACGGUCUCCGUCUGAUAGUGGACCGCCCAAAAGCCGAGGAUGAUGGGGAGCUUCUUUCUCAGCUCAAAGAGUUUCUCGCAGUCACCCACUGCCGGCAUCAUGAUCGAGACGCCCUUCAGAGGCUCGAGAGCUGGAAUACGACUCGUGGUGGCGCGCCUGAAUCGUUGUCGUUCGAGGAACCACCCACUGUCAGCGAUGAUAGUUACCAAGGUGCUGAUACCCCAAAGUCCACCGCCCUCACUGCCGCGGCACAGCCGGUAGACUCCCAAACCGACCCAUCGACGGAAGUGGCGGACGUGGAGGUUUCCAUGCUCGUCGAAACAGUCACAGAGAGCGUCUCGACCCUGACCGUCACCGCGGCGGGCGAGACAGUCACGGCAGCAGCCACGACAGAGAUCCACGAAACCACCAACGUCGUCGUAGCUGAGCGCAUCGAAGGCCUUGGCGUGACAAGGCCCCCUCGGCGGAGAGUGUCUCAACGAGACCACUCCGCAGUCUUUGCAGAAAUCUCCAAGCCCCUACGCAACAUUGAAAGAAAUCACGGCGUCGUCUAUGUUCUCGCGCACAACAAAUUGGAAGACACGUUCAAGAUUGGCUUUACGAGGGGCACCGCGGCGGCGAGGCUCCGGCAGCCGAACAACUGCGCCGGCCGCAACGCGCACAUCAUCCACGAGACGCCCGGGGGCCCCUUUUUGGGGGCGGCCAAAGCCGAGAGGCUCGCGCAGGUCGUGCUGGAGUUCCACAACAUCGGCAUCGCCAAGUGCGAUGAGUGCGGCGGGGGUCACAAGGAGUGGUUCCGGUCUUCCAAGGAGACGGUGUUGGAUACCGUUGCCGCCAUGGAGAACUUUGUACGGCUCCCGGCGUAUGAGCAGACUGGUGGGGACGACGGCGAGUGGAAGCUCUCGGAGGCCGCCGGCGAGAUUGUUAGUGCCAUGUGUCAUUUCUCAGUCAAGAGGUUGAGGAGCACGAUGAUGACGACGGGCGCGGUCGCAGAACCCACCGGCGGGGAAGAUGAGGGUUUUGAUGAUGUCGACGUCGACGUCGACAUCGUCGACGACGACGGCGAUGACGAGGCUACGGAGAUUCUGACAAGUGGGCAAGACGAAAGCGGCAGCCGCGAUUCUGUGGUCUCAGCAGGCCCCGGGGAAUCCCUGGGAGAACAGGAUAAGAGUGAGCCUGCUGUCGCUGCCAAAGAAAAGAGACGCAGGAGGCGGAUCUAUUUACCCUGGGUUCGACAGGGCACAUCCGAGGAGCUCGGCGACCCGGGUGCGAGGGAGCAUUCGAAACGAAGCAAUGGCGAGAGUGGUCGCAGCAGCGAGAAGGUUGGUAACGUCAACGACGCAUUCAUGGGUAUUCUCUUGAGCCUGUGGCCAGAGGACGCAAAGAAUAGGGAGGCGAAUGGUGGGAAGGGGAGUCCCGAUCGAAAGGAUUCGUGGUUGCGGAAGAGGACGAAGGGGCUUGGGGGCUGGGCCAGACAGAGGCGCACGUCUGGGGCAUGA